UCGGUAGCUGUGCGCACCGUCUCUACCGCACACAAAACAUAACACACAAUUUACACAUACACCCACCACCAUCGAUUUUCUCUUUACCCUUCUCUUCCAUCAAAUUAUUUCUUUUGGUUUUUUUCUUUUUGUUUUGUUUCACUUUAAUCCUUCCCCAAUUUGUUUUUUUGACUUUGGAUUAACUUUUAGAAUUUUUCAGAUUUUUUUUCCAGAUUUUCAGUUCAUCUUAUUAUAGAGAGGAUUAUUGUGUGAAUCUAUUUGGACUGUAAGAUAGCAGUAAGUCAACUUUUGCAUGGGAAAAUAAUGCAAGAUUUGCAAGUCGGAGUUCGACGAUCACAGAGGGUCAAGCAAAACCAGUCUCCUGCUGGUUUAGUUCCAUCUGUUCGCCGUGGCACAGGAAAAGCUGGUCGAGGUAGAGGCUCUAGAGCAAUGAACCAAGAUAAAAAUGCAAAGCUUUUAGGUGCUGGAGCACAUGGCCGAGGUCGUGCAGGUUUAGACUUCCCAGCAAGACAGGCAGUUGAUAAAAGUGCAGAAAAACUGGCUGCUGGUGAGGAGGAAGGAAGUACAAGUCCCCUUCCUGAGAGGGUACAACUUGGCCACUCCCCUGUCUACAAGUUGGACAGAAAGCUGGGGAAAGGGGGCUUUGGUCAAGUUUUUGUUGGCAGAAGGAUAUCUGGUGGUGCAGGGCGUUCUGGGCCUGAUGCUGUUGAGCUUGCCCUGAAAUUUGAGCACCGAAAUAGCAAAGGGUGCAGUUACGGCCCUCCUUAUGAGUGGCAGGUGUACAGCACUCUCAAUGGUUGUUAUGGGCUUCCAUUGGUUCAUUAUAAAGGUCAACAAGGAGACUACUAUAUCCUUGUGAUGGACAUGCUCGGCCCAAGCCUUUGGGAUGUUUGGAACUCUAAUAGCCAGACGUUGUCAGAACAGAUGGUUGCUUGUAUAGCAGUGGAGGCGAUAUCAAUUCUAGAACAGCUCCACUUAAGAGGGUUUGUUCAUGGGGAUGUUAAGCCGGAGAACUUUUUGCUUGGCCAGCCCGGUACACCUACUGAGAAGAAGUUAUACCUAAUUGAUCUUGGUUUGGCUUCGAGAUGGAAGGAUUCCACUUCUGGUCGUCAUGUCAAUUAUGACCAAAAGCCUGAUGUUUUCAGGGGAACUGUACGCUAUGCUAGUGUACAUGCUCAUUUGGGUAGGACAGGAAGCCGAAGGGAUGAUCUUGAGUCCCUAGCUUAUACUCUCAUAUUCCUCCUUAAAGGAAAGCUUCCUUGGCAAGGUUAUGCUGGAGAAAAUAAAGGAUUUCUUGUUUGUAAGAAGAAGAUGGGAACUUCUCCUGAAAUGCUUUGUUUCUUGUGUCCUCCUCCUUUUCAACAAUUUCAUGAAAUGGUGACAAAUAUGAGAUUUGAUGAAGAACCUAAUUACGCAAAGCUCAUUUCACUUUUUGACAACAGCAUAGGCUUUAAUGUUAUAUCACGCCCUAUCCUAACUGAUGGAGCUAUGAAGGUGGGUCAGAAAAGGGGACGAUCAUUGAUCGAGUCGGAGGAUGGUGGGCAACUUAGGAAGAAAGUUCGUCUUGGUACUCCAGCUACACAGUGGAUCUCAGUGUAUAGUUUCAGAUCAUCAAUGAAGCAGAGGUAUCAUUAUAAUGUCAUGGAUGCAAGAAUUGACCAGCACGUGGUGAAAGGAAAGGAAGAUGGUUUAUACAUUAGCUGUGUUGCUUCAUCUACAAAUUUAUGGGCCAUUAUAAUGGAUGCAGGAACAAUGUUCACAUCCCAAGUUUACGAAUUAUCUCACAUUUUCUUACACAAGGAGUGGAUAAUGGAACAAUGGGACAAAAAUUACUAUAUCACAUCUGUUGCUGGUGCAGCUAGUGGCAGUGCCUUAGUUGUUAUGUCAAAGGGGACUCCUUAUACUCAGCAAUCCUACAAAGUCAGCGAUGUAUUUCCUUUUAAAUGGAUCAAUAAGAAAUGGAAAGAGGGUUUCUCUGUCACUUCAAUGACCACAGCAGGUAGCAAAUGGGGCAUUGUGAUGUCCAGGAAUGCAGGUUUUCCCAGUCAGGUCGUUGAAAUUGAUUUCCUUUAUCCUAGUGAGGGGAUCCAUAGAAGGUGGGAGAACGGAUAUCGGAUUACUGCAGCUGCUGCUACAGCAGAUCAAGCUGCAUUUAUACUUAGUGCUCCCAAGAGAAAAUCACAAGAUGUGGCACAAGAAACCUUGCGGACAUCUGCAUUUCCUAGUACUCAUGUUAAGGAAAAAUGGUCAAAGAAUCUGUAUAUUUCAUCCAUUUGCUAUGGAAGGACAGUAUCUUGAAGUUGAGGCAUUGGAAAGAGAAACCAUACAUGCAAACAAGAAAUAGGUCGGUAGUUUGCAUGAAAUCACCAUUGGCGGGAGGUCGGUGUUAUGAGUUUCGAAGAAGUCCUAAAGAAGUUUUUUUACUUUUUGAGAGUUUACCUCGUCUCACAAGACAUUGGGAACCUCACGAUGGCCAGCAAAACACUUAAUUUCACCAUGGCCAUCAAAACCAGAGAAUUUGUACAGUGACCUUUUAUAUCCGAGGAAUCUUUAUCAUUUUGUGUUGUUGCUAUCAGCUAGCUGAUCAUGUAAGCAGCUUGGUGGUAAUAUGGCAAGAAAGUUAUGUUGGGAGGGCAAAUAUUUAAGGGGUUGCUAGAAGGUUUUUCACCCCGAUUUAACGUUGUGGCUGUAAUAUUCAUAGAAAUGGGUAGCUUUGCUAUCUAUAAUCUAUUGUUGUAACAUUUAUUUCAAAUGCAACAAAGUUAAAUUUUCAGCA